GAGCCGAAGAUGUCGGCUCGGUCAUGUGAUCAGCUGUGUCCAAUCACAGCUGAUCACAUGAGAGCCGGUAAUUGGCAUCCCUCAGAGGGGACAUGUACACUGAUCAUCAGGGCACUGAUGGUCAGUGUGCCCUGAUGAUUUGUAUAGCCCCAGCAGUGCCAUCUACCAGUGCCCUUCAGUGCCACAUCAAUGCCACAUAUCAGUGCCUACCACUGCACAUCAAUGCCACAUAUCAGUGCCUAUCUGAGCUGCCUUUCAGUGUUACCAAUCAGUGCCACCUAUCUAUGCCAAUCAGUGCCACCUAUCAGUGCCAGUCAGUGCUGCCUAUCAGUGCCGCCUAUCAGAGCCAUAUAUGAGUGCUGCCUUUCAGUGCCCAUCAGUGAUGCCUGUCAAUGCCCAUCAGUGCCGCCUAUCAGAGCCAUAUAUGAGUGCUGCCUUUCAGUGCCCAUCAGUGAUGCCUGUCAAUGCCCAUCAGUGCCACCUACCAGGCCUCAUCGGUGCCACCUCAGUGUCCACCUAUCAGUUUCCAUCAGUGCCCAUCACUGCAGCCUCAUUAGCGCACAUCAGUGAAGGAGAAAAAUCACUUAUUUACAAACUUUUAUAACAAAAACUAUUUUUUUUAAAAAAAUUUUCAGUGGUUUUUGGUUUGUUUAAGAAAAAAUAA